AUGUGGUGGUUGCUAUCUUUCGCGUCGUGCUCUUCGCACCACGGCACUGGCGUAAGCGAGGCCCCAGCUGAAGGACAAGAGCAAGAAAGCAGGCUUGAAAGCCAACACACACACAAGCCGUCCGAUGAGCUGAAACAUACAACAUUGGCGGACAGUGCGUGCGGCAACAACUACCCGGGGCAAUCUCUUGCCAGUCUGCUUGCCGACCUGCAGUGCAUCAGAGAAUACCGAAAGUCCGCAUCUGACAAAGGCGGUACGCCGUAUUUUGAGCUUGAGUGUCUUGCGAAGGACGGACAAUGGUAUUGGAUCGGUGAGUCUGAUAUUCAGAGGUCUGUCCCGUCUGCCGUCGGCACGUUCUGGGGCUGCGGGCCAGCGGAGUGGAGAGCGCCAGAGACUGGAGAAGGAGAAACGGGACGGGAAGUCUGGAAGCGACCGUUGGCGACGGAUGGCGAUGGUGUUCCGGAUGCACAUUUGAUUAUGGGCCGCAAGACUUCUCGGAGCGGCCAAACCAAGUAUCUCAUGCAAAAAGUUGGAUAUCCUACAGCCCAGUCGGCAUGGCAGGAUGGGGAAGCUGUGAAGGAGAAGUACACUCACGAGUAUGAGAGAUACCGGUUGAAUCAUACUGACUGCCCCGAGCUGACGGAUGGAGAAGAGCGUCAACUUUCUGCAAUCGUCGGCCAUCGUCUGAACGGCGAGAAGGGUUCUCAAAAAGGAAUUCAGUUCUCGUGCCAAUGGUCAAAUGACACCGAAACUUGGGAGGACGAGCACGAGGUGCAGAAGAGAUACAACGCUGCUGUUCUGACAUAUUGGCACAGCGAUCUAAAGGCUCGUCGCUCCUGCAAAGUCCCGGACCGGCGCCUACAGAUUUUAGGACACAGGAAAUUCCGCACUAAGCUGCUCCUGAAAGUUCAGAUAGUGGGUAGAUCCUCUUGCGAUGGGUGUGCGCGUCAUAUCAAAAGCUUCUCAGCAAUCAUCCUGGCCAAAGUCGUAUCGAGCGCCGAUUUGCACGGUAUCAAAUCUGUCGCUCCUCAACUGGCGGAUGUGAGAAUCAGUAUCCAAUGUGAACUGCAAGAGCUCAUCAUGCUUUUGUUUCCUGGUACUUUUGUCGGGGGAAUACCAGUUGAAGUCGCUGUAGUCGUUUGUCGAGUUGCUGUAGCGCCAUUGGCUUGCCAGUAUAAGGCGUCCAGAAAUAGCCUGUUGGAGGCUGGUAGGCUGAUACUUUUGGCUGUUACUCACCUGAAAAGACGGAAAAAUGGUAUGCCAAUACAGUUCUACACCCGUACAAACUCCCAUACAGAACAAGCAGAGGAGCUCCUAACCACAUUCUUUCCGCCGCUUCCUGAGCAUAUCGAAGAGGAAGGCGAGCGCCCACAGCGGGCUGCUGUGCCUUUGCCGGAUCUAACUUUGGAAGAAGUACAGCGUCAACUCAUGGCGGCCAAAUCUUGGAAAGCGCCGGGUGAACAUGGGCUGUCGACGAUGGUCUGGCAACAGGUCUGGCCGGUGGUCAAGCACCAGGUGAUGGCGUUAUUCCAGGCCUCUCUCGACGAGGGAAUUUUGCCGCAUCAGUGGCGACACGCCAAGAUUGUACCACUCAAGAAAGGCGGCAAAGAAGACUACAGCGUCGCAGGAUCCUGGCGACCGAUAUCGUUGCUGUGCACGCUAGGCAAGAUAUUAGAAUCCGUCAUUGCUGAAAGAAUCUCCCAUGCGGUGGAGACGUUUGGCCUGCUUCCGACCAACCACUUUGGAGGACGCAAGCAACAGUCGGCAGAACAGGCGCUACUGUUGCUGCAAGAACAAAUUUGCGCGGCUUGGAAAGGAGGAUGGGUGUUGAGUCUCGUCAGCUUUGAUGUGAAAGGUGCAUACAACGGCGUGUUCAAGGACUGA